AUGGCAUGUUUGCCCGAGGGACAGUACGGCAUAACCAACGCGGCCAUUGUCGCGAGUAACAUGAAGCGAAGCUUUGGAUCCAUUCAAUUUGGUUUCAUGGUUGGUAUCGGUGGUGGCGCUCCUGGAGACAUCGAUAUCAGACUCGGCGAUGUUGUGGUUGGCACCCAUGUUUUUCAGCACGACUUCGGGAAGAUAGAAGCAGGCGACAAAUUUCGUUCAACGGGAACUAAACGACUGCCGCCCCAGAUCCUCCUCAACGCCAUUUCCAAGCUGAGAGCAGGUCACGAAAGAUCUCCUAGCCUGAUACCUUGGAUACUCGAUGACAUGUUCAAGAGGUGUCAAGGCCUAAAACAGAAAGGAUACGGCUACCCAGUCCGAAGCGACGAUCAGCUGUUUUACGCCAGAUACGACCACCCAACGGCAAAACCUGACUGCAGUGAAUGCAGCUCAUCAGAGGUGCGAUGUCGAAAACCGCGAGCUACGAAAGACCCGCACAUUCACUACGGCGGCAUCGCGUCUGGCAAUCAAGUAAUCAAGUCCGGCCGGAUGAGAGACAAACUGGCAAAGGAGCACGAUGUUUUGUGCUUUGAGAUGGAGGGAAUUGGUUUGGCAGAUGCCUUCCCUUGCAUGGUCGUCCGAGGAAUCUGUGACUACUCAGACUCGCACAAGAACAAAAAAUGGCAAAGUGGAACAAAGGUUUCGGGCUCGUAG